GAGUAUUAACAUCGUUUGGCAUGUAAGAAAAGAAAGGGUGCGUAUAAGAAAACAAAAGGUGCAAAAAGUAACAGGCCGCUCGUGGAUUCGACAGUCUCACAGCUGCCGCCUUUGCCAUCCACUAAUAAUCAAUUAUAUUUCUUCAUUUCACUGAGAUUUGAUUGAUUUUUCAGAACCAAAAUCACAUACUUUUCAGUUCUAUGCUAUGGCAUCUUUGUUCAACAAAUGUCGAGAGGCUGUGAAAACCCUAGCAAAACGCCCUUCUUUGACUAAGGAUCCGAGGCAACUGCAAUUUGAAGCUGACAUUAACCGCUUGUUUCUUUAUUCGAGUUAUAAUCGAUUGGGAAAGAGUGCGGAAGAAUCAGAUGUUGAAAAGAUUAUUGAAAAUUCAAGUAAAACCUCUUAUGCUGAUCAAGUGACACAAGUGCAAGAAAAUGUCCAUUCACAAAUUAAGACGUUUUGUACAUUCAUGGAUGAAAUUCUUCUUCCAAAUGAAAAGACAGUGAAUGAUCCUCUUGGAUUAUCUCAACAAGCAAGUGUUUUGCCUCGCCGAAGUGGGCUUAGUUUGGCUGUGGGUAAGAGCAGUUCAUCCUCUGAUAAAUCUGCUGGUCCUCAGACAAGAGCAUUAAGCCAAGCUGAAGUUUCUCAGAAAUUAAAAGAUCAACUUGGCUACACACUCAACAUUAAACCUUCUCAAAUAUCUCACAAGGAUGCUGGCCGGGGUCUUUUCUUAGAUGGCGCUGUGGAUGUUGGUUCUGUGGUGGCAUUUUACCCUGGUGUGGUAUACUCUCCAGCUUAUUAUCGUUAUAUUCCAGGGUAUCCAAAGGUUGCUGCACAGAACCCGUAUUUGAUUACAAGAUAUGAUGGGAAUGUAAUCAAUGCGCAGCCUUGGGGUUCUGGCGGCGACAAGAGAGAACUGUGGAAUGGUAGAAAUGUUGGAGAACUCAAAUCUGAUAUGAAAGUAACCGAAAAAGGUUCAGACAAGAUCCGGAAAGUGCUGAAUAAGCCUUUAGAACAAAAAGGAGACAUCAGUGAAGUAAUCGAGCGAAGAAAUCCGUUAGCAUUAGCUCAUUUUGCGAAUCACCCUGCAAAAGGGGUACUACCAAAUGUUAUGAUUUGCCCUUACGAAUUUCCGUUGACCGAAAACAACAUGAGAGUUUACAUCCCAAAUAUAUUAUUUGGAAAUGCAGAAGUGAAAAUGAGGAGAUUUGGCAGUUUUUGGUUUAAAUCUGGUGUGUCGAAGAAUAAUGGAUCAGAUGUUCCAACUCUGAAAUCUCUUGUUUUAGUAGCUACUAGGGCAAUUCAAGACGAGGAACUCCUCCUGAACUAUAGGCUGAGCAACACAAAACGGAGACCAGAAUGGUAUGCUCCAGUUGAUGAAGAAGAGGAUAAGAGAAGAUGGAGCUAGCCAAUCCAUCAUUGACUAUAGAAAACGCCACCGUUGUUUUGUCUCAUAGAAAGCUGAUUUGUGAUCUUUAUUUGGAAUUAUUUCUCUUACAUAGUAAGAUUUUGACGCCUUUCUAGACCUUAGAAUCCCAAGUUCAAUUGGAUUGAAUAAUGAUUAAUAACAAUGAAAGGUGUGUGUGUGUGUGUGAUUAUGUUAACAUGCAUGGAAUCAGUUUUAUUUUUGCUA